AUGCCAAGUUCCACCCCUUCUAAUCUGCCCCUACUGCUUCAACUCUCCUCCAACAGGAGAAAACAUGAGCUUCCUAAAAAGAGACAACGGAGACAGCUGCUUGAAAGGCAGAUCCAUAACACAGGCAACAAAGGAGUGUUGUGUAACCUUGAAGGAGCUCUUCAUGGCGAGCUGAUGAGAGGAUAUAACAAGAACAUCAGACCGAUGGAGAGGAACAGUGACAUCACAGAGGUCAAACUGAAGAUGACGCUCACCAAUCUAAUUUCUCUGAAUGAGAAGGAAGAGACACUGACUACAUGUGUAUGGGUAGAGAUGCAGUGGUAUGACUACAGACUUCGGUGGGCAGACAGGCCAGGGUUUGAGGCCUUUGCAAACAUUACAAGAACACGUAUUCCAUCCAAAGCCAUAUGGCUUCCUGAUGUCAUACUGGAGAAUAACGUUGAUGGGCAUUUUGAGAUUACACUCUACACCAAUGCUCUAAUAGACCCAUAUGGUAUGGUGUACUGGCUUCCACCCGCUAUCUACCGAAGUGCCUGUGCAAUCAAAGUCAACUACUUCCCAUUUGACUGGCAGAACUGUACCAUGGUAUUCAGGUCUCAGACAUACAGUGCUAAUGAGAUUGAGCUGAAACUGACAGAGGAGGAAAACAACAUAGUGGAAUGGAUAGAGAUUGAUCCUGAGGCCUUCACAGAGAAUGGUGAAUGGGUUAUUAAGCACCGACCAGCUAAGAAAGUGGUGAAUGAGAGGUACAGUCCAGAUGAGUUGGAUUACCAGGAGAUCAUCUUCUUUCUUGUCAUCCAAAGAAAGCCAUUGUUCUACAUCAUCAACAUCAUCGUACCAUGUGUGCUUUUCUCCUCUCUUGGAUUACUCGUCUAUUUCCUGCCUGCUAAAGCUGGAGGACAGAAGUGUACCAUGUCCAUUGCCAUCAUGCUGGCCCAGACAGUCUUCCUCUUCCUCAUUGCCAAGAAAGUUCCUGAAACAUCUAAGGCUGUGCCACUUAUUGGGAAGUAUCUGAUGUUCAUGAUGUCUGUGACUGCGAUCACGGUGAUGAACUGUGUGGUGGUUUUGAAUGUCUCUCGGCGAACUCCCAAUACACAUCCCAUGAGUAAUAAAGUCAGAAAGGUGCUGUUAAACAUUAUUCCUCGAGUGCUGAGGAUGAGGAUGCAGCGCUGGACCUCACAGAAUGGAUUAAGUGCGAGCGACUCCUUGAAUGGAUCCACCGUUCCACUUAGGAGACACAGCUCGCUGGGACUAAUUGCGAAGGCGGAUGAGUACGUGCUUAAGACUGCUCGCUCAGAGCUGAUGUUCAGCCAGCUGAAAGAAAGAGAUGGACUCAUGAGGCGAGCACUGGAAAAGAUUCAGAACAGUCUAGAAGCAGACACACAGCAGGAUCUGAGUUCCAGUCUGGCCAAAGCUUCACCUGAGCUGCAGCAGUGUGUAGCAUCCUGUAAACACAUCGCUGAGAGCACCAGACAGCAGAAUGACUUCCAAAGGGAGAAUGAAGAGUGGUUCCUGGUUGCCCGAGUGAUUGACAGACUCUGCUUUAUUACCAUGGCCUUACUGUUUAUCCUGGGCACCAUCGGCAUUUUCCUCAUGGGACAUUUUAACCAGGCUCCAUCUGUUCCGUUUCCAGGAGACCCUAAGAAAUACCUGCCUGAAAUGCCCAGCGCAAAUGUCACAGGCUAA